AAAAAAUAUCGGAAAACCUUAAUUUUCAUCCUGAUUGAAAUGGAUUCCUAUCCCGCCAUAAAAAAUACUCUCUACGAAGAGUGACUAAAAAAACUACAAACUAAGAACUCAAACACGUGAUUUAUGAAAAAAAAAUUAAUAUAUUGGUAUAUCGAUUCGUGGAGAUUAGGCAAAAUGUUAAAAUUUCCUGAAAAAUGUUCACAGCAUAACAAAAACUGUAAAGAAAUAACAUUUUGUGUCUUUUGUGUUUAACACAUUGCAUAUUUCAGACAUUCAAUGUAUUUCAAUCACGUAGCUCGCUUCAAUUUGACACAAGAGGAAAAUAUCGACUUUGAUCCUCCUUUGAUCAAAUAAUGUAUAACUUUACAUAAUGUUGAAGUUUUACUCCUCGUGGGGCCUUUCUUGUGACCUUGAACUUUCACACAUGUUUCAAAAUGGCGGAGCCCAGCAGCGGAGAUGGAAACGGAGAUAAAAGUGCAAAUUGUGAUGAAGUGAAUGGGAUUAGCGCUAAAGUUGUAUCAGAAGAGGACGCAAGACGUGCAGAGGAAUUAAAGGAAAAAGCAAAUGAGUUCUUUAAAAAAAAAGAUUAUGGCCAGUCCAUAACAUACUACACAGAAGCUAUAGAAUUGAAUCCCUACAUCACUGCUUACUGGGGCAACAGAAGCUUUGCCUACAUAAAAACAGAGUGUUAUGGCUAUGCCCUAAAUGAUGCCAGCAAGGCUCUUGAAUUGGACAAAACUUACAUUAAGGCCUACUACAGGAGGGCAUCUGCCAACAUGGCUCUUGGAAAGUUCAAACUGGCUUUGAAGGACUUUGAAGCAGUGACAAAGGCCAGGCCAAGUGAUAAAGAUGCUCAAAGAAACUAUCACGAAUGCAAUAAAAUUGUGAAGAGACAGGCCUUUAUGAAAGCCAUCAGUGUGGAUGACCAUAAGAAACCUGUGGCUGUGACAAUUGAGGAAGAAUUGGCCAAUAUGGUAAUUGAGGAUGACUACCAGGGACCUUGUAUAGGAGAAGAAGGUAUCACACUACAGUUCAUGAAAGAUCUGAUAGAAACUUUUAAACAACAGAAAAAAUUACAUAGGAAAUAUGCUUAUCAGAUACUAGUUGAGGUUAAGAAAAUAUUUAUGUCUCAGGCGUCAUUGGUGGAUAUAACAGUGCCAAAGGGGAAGAAGUUCACAAUAUGUGGUGAUGUCCAUGGCCAGUUUUACGACCUGCUGAAUAUAUUUGAACUGAAUGGGCUCCCCUCAGAAGAGAACCCUUACCUGUUUAAUGGAGAUUUUGUUGACAGAGGCUCCUUUUCUGUGGAGUGUAUACUUACAUUAUGGGGAUUUAAACUUUUAUAUCCCAGUCAUUUUUAUAUGUCAAGAGGAAAUCAUGAGAGUGAGACAAUGAACCAGAUGUAUGGUUUUGAUGGAGAAGUGAAAGCAAAGUAUACUAAUCAAAUGGCAGAACUUUUCACAGAAGUUUUCAACUGGCUACCUCUAUCCCACCUGAUAAAUGAAAAGAUUUUAGCAAUGCAUGGAGGACUAUUCAGCGAAGACAAUGUGACAUUGGAUGACAUCAGGAAAACAGACAGAAACAGACAACCUCCAGAUUCAGGUAUUAUGUGUGACCUGCUUUGGUCUGAUCCACAGCCUCAGCCAGGUAGGUCAGCCAGCAAGAGAGGGGUCGGCUGUCAGUUUGGUCCAGACGUCACAAAAAAAUUCCUUGAGAACAAUAACCUUGAAUAUAUUGUCAGAAGCCAUGAGGUGAAAAAUGAAGGUUAUGAAGUCGCACAUGAUGGGAAGUGCAUCACCGUUUUCUCAGCACCUAAUUACUGUGAUACCAUGGGUAACAAGGGGGCAUUUAUAGUUAUACGAGGAGAUGAUCUUACUCCACAGUUUACAUCCUAUGAGGCUGUGCCACAUCCAAACGUCAAGCCCAUGGCAUAUGCAAAUUCACUGCUGAGCAUGUUUUAGAUCAACAUUUCAACAUCAACAGAACUGAAUAGGAUUUUCCUUCCAUUUUCAUAACACUUCAUCUGAUCUUCCAUUAUAUAUCUCAUUGAAUGGAUUCACAGAAAAUAACGUCCCAUUGGCAGUUACCAAGAUUGCAUAGGAAAAACAGCUGAAACUGAUAUACUAUGUUUCCAGCCAUUUAAUACUUUUAAUUUACAGUUAAGAUUACCUAGCUCUCUUGAAACAGUUGUGUGAAGUUCCUGAAAAUUCAG